UGUGCUAGUGAAUUGUGUGUGAACUUCUUCCCUUUAUUGCUCGAUAAAGGGACAGAUUAGUUUUCUUUUGGAUUCCUUGUUCUGGUUCUCUUUCGGCUUUUCGCGGUCUGCGCCGUGUGGCGCGAUAACGAUUGCACAAUCUAUCUGCACUGGACACUCGAUAGCAGAUGGCGUAGAAAAGCAGUAAGAGUUACAAAUGUUUAUCAACCUAAUGGAGGGGGAAACGAUAACCACAAACAAUCUGAUAUCUUCGAUCAAGAGGCUCAAUAGCGAUGGCAAAGAACACGGCACGAUCAAAGCGCUGCUCAAAAACUUCAUCCUGCCUGAACCAGACAUGGCUAUAAAAACCAACCUAAAUGAUAACAAAUACGUAUACACAAUUCCUGUCAAGCUUCCGGUCAACGAGCGAGCCAAAUCUAUCCACGAAGCAAAACAAGCUUUCUUAAACUCCACUGUCAGUCCAAAUCCCACUAAACUUUCAAACAUCAUGAAAAGAGAACCUGCGUUACAUUACGCUCAAAUUGCUAUCACUACUGACGAAGAUACGAGAAGCACGGGUGGAGGAAAGGAUACUAAACCCGCCGCCGAUAUUGUCAAAAACAAAAUGGCUACUCUUCCAGUUAACAUGUCGCCUGUUAGGAAAAAAAUGGAACCCCAACCAAGAAAAGUCAGCUUCAAAAUCAAGAACGCAUCAACCUCGUACCGACGUCCUCCGCUAGCCACGAAAACCAUGACUAUAACAAGUACAAAAGUGGCAGAACUAACAAAGAAAUUCAAUAAUCUUGUAAAUGAAUCUCAACAUGCAACUGUGAAACAAACAAAAUUGGUAAAAACUAUAGAAGAAUUGCAAUCCGCAUCAAAAUAUUCAGCUAGUAACAGUUCCACACCUUCUUCCACUCUCAGCUCAAGUCCCAACAUUAAAAUUGUUUUAAGGCAAAGAAGAGGCUCCAAGAAACGCAAUAGUCGCACCAGAUGCUCCAGUAUGGAUUCAAUAGAUAAAUUAAUAGUAUCGGACAGCAAUUUAACUAAAAUUCGCGUUAUAAGAUCAAAAUCGGACGGAAUUAAUAGAGUUCCAAAGUCUCCUAAAAAACGCUUAAAGUAUGCGGAUUCGAGCGAACAGCAAAGUGGUUCAGAUUCUGUCGAUGGCACUCCAACAAAAAUAAAGAAUUCGGAACCAUUAAAAGAAAAAGCUCACCAAAGUAACGUUAGAAAUGUAAUAAAGAAAUUUGAGUGUGAAAUUACCGCUCAAACUUCUUCUAAUAACACGCUAAAAAGACACCCUGAAAACAUGAAAAGUACAAUAACUGUAAAAGAAAAACCAAAAGUACCUGAAAAGAAAUCUACUUUAACUUUAACGAAAAACGUUGUAGUAAAAGAUGGUGUUCCAAAAAUUAAAUGUAUAAAACCGCCUGAAGUACCUCCCAAACCGCAUGUUAAUAACCAACACAAAGACAAAGUUGACCUUCCCAAGAAGAAAGAACCUAUUUAUGAUAGAAAAAAAUAUAAAACAAACUAUAUACAUACAGAAAAACUGCCUUUGAAAGCAGUAGAAAUAAUACAAGAGGAUGUUAACGAGUACACUGCAACUGUGAGUACUCCUGGCGCGGUUGAUACCUCAUCAAUUCCUGCCACUAAACCCCCUGAAACAAUUGACAAAGAUAAAAAAGUGUCUCAAGAAAUAGAGUCGAACAUAACGCCCAACGAAUCUUUUUUGUGGCGCAGAAAGUCUACAACGCAAAUUUACUCAGAUAGCGAAAAAUCAAUCUCAGAUAGCAACUACAGUUUUGUAAUUAUAACGGCCAAUGAUACUGCAAUUGCGAGCUCAAUAGAUCCAACAGAAAUCUCAAUUAGUGACGAAUCUCUUACAUUAGAAGAAUUAAGUGAACCGCAAGUUAGUAUCGUGACUAGUGAAACCAAAAAUGAUUCCAACUCAGACUUUGAAAGUAAUUUAGUCGAAGCUUACAACAAGGAAAUUUUACGUGGAUUCACAUCUAGGCCAAAGAAAGUGCCUGUAGUGGAAGACGAUUAUGAACCAUUAGAACCUCGCGACGAAGACAACGUAUUAGUAAUCCCAAUUAAAAGCGUCGAUAGGUCUUCAAUAUCUUCUAAAUUAAACUGUCCUCUGCCAGAGAUACCUAAACAAACACCACCUGAAUCUCCACAAAGUGACAAAGAUAACAUUUACCAGUGUCUUUUAGAAAUGAGAUCCCACCCUGAAGGUGAUGAAAGCAGUAUUCAUAACUAUGAACUCUGUGAUAAUCAGUUGGAAGAAAGAACUCGAGGAGAUGGGGAUAGCGAUGACGGUUACGAGUAUUGCAAAUCUCCCAUCAAGCCUUAUUGUCUAACCUCUAGCUCAGGUAUCCAAAUCGCCGAAGACUAUCAGCCUGACGACAAAGAUAAUGUCAAGAACUAUUCAAUAACAAAAUCUGUUAGUGGAGCAUCAACUGUGAGCUACGAGAAGAUAGGUUCGGAUCGGAUAUAUGAGAAAAUACCUGCUCAGUCGCCAAAACCUAAGGACAUCAGCCCUAAUUACAGUAACAGACAUUCUUUUGUUUCGUCCGAUUACAACGGGUACAAUGAUAAUGAAAAUAUUUAUGAUACGAUAAAGCAUGCCGAUGGGACGUCUAUGUCGCAUUGCUACGAAAGUAUACCGAACAGUCCGAGUAUGGUGAAAUUGAGGAACAAUUUGAGGAAGCAAAUGACAUCAGCUGCACAGAAACGGUUAUCGUUUGACACUGUGUCCAACAUUAGUCAGUCGACGUUGUCAAGUGAGCAGAAGACGAACAGUAUCUAUGGGCAGAGAUCUGUGAUUAGCUACAACGGGCAAGAGAUCGCUUUCCAAGUGCCAAGCAGCGAAGUGAGCGCCAGUGGGAGUGACCGGAGUGACGAUUGGGUUGAUGUUUCCGAUGAGGAGAAAAAUGAGGAACAGAAGAUCAUUAUUGUUCGAGAAAUAAGUCGCGGUAGAAAAAGUCCAAUCAGCUGGUCGCAGAAAGUGCGACAUCAGUGGCUGAAAACACCAAAAAAAAGAGACGAUAAAGAGGGAGCUAGUGAAAUGCUGUUCUAA